UGUGCGGUACGGUGCGAUGUCGGAGGAGUGGCUGGGGGUGGAGGCGGCCGCGAGCGAGAACGAAGAUGAGGAUGAGGAUGAGCGGCGGGAGGACGGCGAGCGGCGGCACCGGCAGCUCCUGGAGGCGGUCAGCUCCCUGUCCGGACGGAAACGGCGGAGGCUGGCAGAGCGCACGGAGGCCAGUGUGCAGGUGUCCGAGUUUAAUGUCAGCACCAAAGGGGCUGGGGAGAAGCUGGUUCUGUCAGAGCUCCUGCAGCCCAUCCGCCCCAAAUCCGCCCUGAGCAGCGUGAAGAAUGAGCUGACCCGAGUGAAGCAGAAGGCAGCGGUGGAGCUGCCGCUCAGCAAGGAGGAGGCCAAGCGGGUCGUGAGGGAAGCUGCCUACCUCACAACUUCCAAAGAUGUGGGCAAGUGGCAACAGAUUGUGCUGCAGAACCGGCGCGCUGAGCAGCUGGUGUUCCCGCUCAAGCAGGACAUUGCUGCAGUUGUGCCCCUGGAGCAGGUGACUUCAGCCUGGAAGGCCCGAACUCCCCUGGAGCAGGAGAUCUUUGGGCUGCUCCACAAGACGAAGCAGCCCAUCACAGAUCCGCUCCUGACGCCAGAGGAGGCAGCCUCGCUGCAGGCAAUGAGCUUGGAGGAGGCCCGGCAGCGGCGGGCAGAGCUGCAGAAGGCUCGGGUUGUGCAGUCCUACUACGAAGCCAAGGCUCGUCGAGAGAAGAAGAUCAAGAGCAAGAAGUACCAUCGCAUGCUGAAGAAAAGCAAGAGGCGAAAGGCCUUAAAGGAGUUUGAGCUGCUGCAGAAGUCAGACCCGGAGGCUGCCUUGGCGAAGCUGGAGGAGCUGGAGCAGCUCAGGAUGCAGGAGCGAAUGAGCCUUAAGCACCAGAACAAGGGGAAGUGGGCCCGCUCCAGGGCCAUUAUAGCCAAGUAUGACCUAGAGGCUCGCAAGGCCAUGCAGGAGCAGCUGGCCAAGAACAAGGAGCUGAUGCAGAAGGUGCGUGUGGAGCUGCCUGAGGAGAAGCCAGAUGAUGUGCCUGAGGAGGACCUCACAUUGGUGACCAUUCCUACCAUCCCCACGGGUGCCAGCAGAGCAAAUCCCUGGCUGUUGGGCAAACCCAGCAGCCCAGCCAAGGAGCCAGAGACACAGGAGGGUCAGGGAGACAUAUUAGAGCCUGGUGCUGCAGAGAUCAAGGAGGAGAUGGAGGAGGAUGAAGAGGAGAUGUCAGAGGAGGAAGCUCUGCUACAGGACUUCGCACAGAAGCGGCACCUGCGGCAGCAGCAGGCAGGGAGCCCUGCAGGACAAGAUGCUGAUGUGACAGAGGCAGUUUCUGAACCUCCGGGGGACAUCCCCAUCCCCCUCAUCUGCAGAGAGGCAGAGGUGAGUGCAGGGAAUGAGCUGCCCACUGAUGCCCAGGAGGAAGUUCUGCUCUUGCAGCAGCUGGGCCGAGCACGAACAAUGGAGGAUGUUGAGGCUCUGGCUUCAGAGGAGCGUGUGGAGGAGCCGGAGCCGGUGGCUGGAGGAGGAGAGAUGGGAGUGCAGCAGCCGGUGGUCGCAGGAGCAAAGGCGAGAGCAUGGCAGCAAGCGACUGCAAGAGCAAGGACAGGAGCACAGCAGCUGGUGGCAGCAGCAGCAGAGGCAAGAGAGCAGCAGCAAGCGAUCACAGGAGCGGGAGCACAGCAGCCAGCAGCCGCAGGAGCAGAGAUGGGAGCACAGCGGCAGCCAGAGGAGGGCAGAGCUGGGGCCAGGCCUGCCAGGAAGCCAGCAUCCCAGAAGCAGCUGAUCAGCCUGCAGGCAGUGCUGGAGGGGCGGGCGCAGGAGGCUCGGUGCCCUAGCCUGCCGGUGCUGCUGGAGGAGGAGGAGGGAGGCAUCGACCAGCGCGGGGUGAUCACCGAGGCCUUUGCCGGGGAUGACGUGGUCGCUGACUUCCGCCGGGAGAAGCGCAAGGCGGAGCAGGAUGCGAAGCCACAGCCAGUGAACCUGGUGCUGCCCGGCUGGGGCGAGUGGGGGGGCUCAGGCCUGAAGCCCAGCGCCAGGAAGAUAAAGCGGUUCCUGCUCAAGCCGCCACCAGCGCCUCCCAGGAAGGACCAGCACUUGCCCCACGUCAUCAUGAGUGAAAAGCGUAACAUCUACGCAGCAGCACAUCAGGUCAGCGAGCUGCCCUUCCCCUUUGAGCGGCACCAGCAGUUUGAGCAGAGCAUUCGAACGCCCGUGGGAGCCACGUGGAACACGCAGCGUGCCUUCCAGAAGCUGACAGCGCCCCGUGUCAUCACCCGCAGCGGCCACAUCAUCCAGCCCAUCUCUGCUGAGGAUGUUCCUGCCGCAGCCAGGCCUGCCCUGGAGCUGGUGCCGGAGCUGAGGGUACAGCCAGGCCGGCGCCGCGGCAGGACAGGGCUGUAGCUGCAUGCA